AUGCCCGAGUUUGGGAAUAAAUGCUCUUUGGUUUCGGCGGUCCGAAAGGGCCUUGAAUUACAAUCUAUGGAGAACCAAUGCAAGUGGUUACCCGAGACUUACAUUCUGUUGAAGAUUCUCGACCGGAAAACAGCCUUAGAGUACUUAAAGGGCCUCGAAAAGGGACGGCCAUCUAAGGCUGUCAUUCAACGAUACAUUAGUGAUCCUCUUCUUUUGGACGGGUGUAAAUGCGACCUCAGAAUGUUCCUCUUGAUGACGCGAACGGAACCGUUGAAGGUGCUCAUGGCAUCCGCUUACUGUCCUACUAAUCAUGAUAGGCAUAUUUUGCUCGUGGAUAUGUACGGCGCACUCUGA